AUGCCAACUCAAGAUGAAAUCCUUGUCCUUCUUGAAGAGGUUGCAAGAACGAAUAGGACUUUGAAUAACGAAAACCGUUUGUUGCGAGAGGAGCUAACUAGGCGCGAUGUCGAGAACAAGGCUGUCUUAAAGAAACUCGAAGAAAAGAUUGAUUCAGUCACGUCUUCGAGUGAAAAUGGCUCACCGCCUGCAAGAAAAAGUGUAAGACGCCGAAGAACGAAGACAGUACGUGUUCCAGCUCAAUGUCGGGUAGGUACCUGGUCUAACUAGUCUGUAUUACGGUUUGACUACUUAAGUUGUUAUAACGGAAAUUUAUAUUCUGUUGCUUAAAGUAAAGAAUGUAUAAAACCAGCUCGGCAAGUAUUCGCUAAAAGUCAUAUAUGAUAUAUUCCUUUCUAUUACAGUAUCUGUUAUUGAAAUGAAUGUUGUGAAAGCGCGCGCAUUUUUAUCAUUUGCAAAUUGCCUCAAAAUAUUUUCAGUGCAACUAGUGCCCAGUGUUCAACCGCGCCCUGGUAAUUAUAAUCUCUGCAUUAUGUCUGACAAAGAAUUGACAAUUUUAUACAGAGUAUUUUCAAUUGAUAAUAUUUUGCAGAGAACAACUAAGAAGGUAUAUCAGGCGCUGGGCCAAAACGAAGAGUUUGGAGGUUUUGACAUGGGCGAAAG